AAGUAAAAAAUCUCAAAAAAGUACCGAAAAUAGUAAAACAAAACUUACUGAAAGUGAUGAAACAAAACAUGCUACAAAACCUGAUGAAUUACUAAUAAAACCUCAAAAAAACACCAAAAGUGAUGAAUCGAAAUCUACCAAAAGCUACACAAUGAAAUGCGCUACAAAACCCAACGAAUUAAAAUGA